GGCUGCGCAUGCGCGGGGGCUUGCGGGCGGAGGGGCCGCGUUCCCCUCGGAGGGCCGGUUACCAGAAUCCAAAUGGCUCUCUUGAAUACGCGAUUGGGUUUAUCCUUAACCCAUCUAAGCAGCACAGUGAUUCAGCGACACUUCAGUAUCACCGGAGCAUGCCGAGCCAUACAGAAACUCACCCGCGUGCGAGUGGUGGACAACAGUGCCUUGGGGAACACGCCCUACCACCGGCCACCAAAGUGUAUCCACGUGUAUAACAAGACCGGAGUUGGCAAAGUAGGAGAUAGGAUCCUUCUGGCUAUCAAAGGAGAAAAGAAGAAGGCUUUGAUUGUAGGGCACAAGAUGCCUGGCCCCACCAUGACGCCUAGAUUUGAUUCCAACAAUGUGGUACUCAUAGAAGACAACGGAAAUCCAAUAGGGACUAGAAUAAAAACACCAAUACCCUAUAUCCUGCGACAGAGAGGAGAGUUCUCCAAAGUACUGGCCAUUGCCCGCAACUUCGUAUGAAAGCUAAGAAAGGUUUCUGGAAAUCAUCUCAUACAGUAGCUGUUCCUUGGUCCUUUUCUAGAAAAUGGUGAAACGUGAAAAAGUUGAGUUGUCAAGAGUCUCUCUUCCUGUUUAAGAAUUGCUAACAACUAGAUUAAAUAUUGAAAUACCUUGCUUUUCUCCAAAAUAAGGUUGGUUUGUUUCACAGAACUUCUGCAGUGUGUUGGGGAAAUGCUCCUUCACUCUUACUGCUUGGGUGGUGUUAAUUUGGUCUCUAAUCAUUAAAAUGAGAACAUGAAAAUC